AUGGAACAGUCCGGACCUACUGGGGCUCAGGUAGUCCACUCUGUGUUCCGAGAACCAUUGCACAAGAUCCUGGAGAAGGAGCCCGGUCACACCAACGACGAUUGCAGGAAUCUGAAAAACUAUUUGGAUCGACUCGUCCGAGAAGGAAAGUUGAGGCAUCUAUUACACCGCCCCGAACAGUCAAAUGUCGAAACCAGACAAGACGCAUUGAGGCCACCCCUAGGCACGAUAAAUGUCAUUCUUGCCGCACCUGGGAGAACCGAUUUCGGCCCGUUUAGAGUAAUGUCAGUGGGCAGAUUCCCGACGGAACCAGACGAAAGGGAAUCCAAGAGAGCCACAGUGAGUGCCACGCCAUUAAUCGGGUUUACGGAAGAGGAUAAGCGAGGAACUAUUCAACCCCAUGAAGAUGCCCUAGUUGUGACGCUCAGAAUAGGAGGUUAUGACGUGAAAAGGGUAUUAGUCGAUCAAGGCAGCGCCGUGGAGGUAAUGUACCCGGACUUGUAUAGGGGGCUGAACUUGAAGCAGGAAGACCUGUCGCCAUACGAUUCCCCCCUGGUUAGCUUUGAAGGAAAGAUCGUCAUCCCGAGAGGCAUGAUUAGGUUACCAGUGCAAACAGACUCAGAUGUGGUAGAAGUGAACUUCAUUGUCGUAGAUGCAUACUCCCCUUACACAGCUAUCGUGGCCCGGCCAUGGCUUCAUGCACUAGGGGCUGUGUCGUCAACCUUGAACCAAAAAGUGAAAUAUCCGUCAAGUGGUCAAAUCAAAGAGAUAAUAGGGAACCAGGGAAUGGCUAGGCAAUGCAUGGUGUUGGCAAUCUCACGACGGCCGAAUAGCGAACCUUCCACUUCUACCGAGAACGGCUUAUAG